AAAAAUGGUUGACCCACGUGUUUUGGUUAAUUAAGCCUGUAUUUUGAGUAAUUUCUUUGCAUGCAGAUGAACUAACAACAUAAAGUUUAUCAAGGAAACUGACUUUGGUUUGAUGUAUCAACAUUUUAAUCGAAAAUGGGUGUAGAGAAUAUCAUUGUGCUGUUUGAGCAUGCAUCUGGGUAUGCACUUUUCCGGGUGAAAGAGUUUGAAGAAGUUGGUUUACUACUGCCUGAAGUAGAAAAAUCGGUGACCGAUUUGAGCAGAUUUAAUUCCAUUGUGAAACUUGUAUCAUUCAGCCCAUUCAAGAGUGGCACAAAUGCUUUGGACAACAUCAACAGCAUUUCAGAAGGUUUGUUACAUGAUGAUUUGAGAAUAUUUCUGAAAGACAAUGUCCCUAAAGGAAGCAAGAAGCACAAAGUUGUUCUUGGUAUUGCCGAUUCCAAGAUCGCCAGUUCCAUCAGCGAGGAACUUGGCAUCAGUUGUCUGCACACUGGAGUGGUUCCAGAGAUUACCAGAGGAAUCCGAACCCAUUUUCACAGUCUUGUAAAAGGUCUGACCGACAAAUCGGCAUCGAAGGCACAACUGGGUUUAGGUCACAGCUAUUCACGGUCGAAGGUGAAGUUCAAUGUGAACCGUGUGGACAACAUGAUCAUUCAGAGCAUCAGUCUUCUCGAUCAGCUCGACAAGGAUGUGAACACGUUCUCCAUGAGAAUCAGAGAGUGGUACUCAUAUCACUUCCCAGAACUCAUGAAGAUUAUUACUGACAACUACACGUAUGCACGAGUGGCAAAAAUAAUCAAGAACAGAAAAGAACUAACAGAAGACAAAGUAGAAAGUUUGGAAGAGAUCGUCAUGGACAGUGCCAAAGUGCAGGCUAUAGUCGAUGCAGCUAGGUCUUCUAUGGGAAUGGAUAUCUCUCCAAUUGAUCUUGUUAACAUUGAUAUGUUUGCCACACGAGUGAUUGCCUUGACUGAUUACCGGAUGAAACUGUCUGUGUAUCUCCGCAGCAAAAUGCACGCAGUGGCUCCAAAUCUAUCUGAGCUUAUUGGAGAACAGGUUGGAGCUCGGUUAAUAGCUCAUGCAGGAAGUCUGACAAGUCUUGCCAAAUACCCAGCAUCCACUGUUCAGAUUCUGGGGGCCGAGAAAGCUUUAUUCAGAGCUUUGAAAACCCGAGGAAAUACCCCCAAAUAUGGACUCAUUUUUCAUUCCUCAUUCAUUGGACGAGCUGGUGCGAAAAAUAAGGGUCGUAUUUCCCGGUAUCUUGCAAACAAGUGUUCCAUUGCUUCCAGGAUUGAUUGUUUUGCGGAUGUACCAACCACUGUCUACGGCAAACAUUUGAAGCAGCAGGUUGAAGAUCGCCUGUCAUUCUAUGAAACUGGGAAUGCUCCUGCUAAAAACAUAGAUGUUAUGAAGAAAGCUGUUGUCGAGGCUGAUGCUGCUGUUGAGAAAUACCUCAAGAAAGAGAAGAAAAAGAAGAAGAAGGAGAAGAAACGUCAAGCGGAGGAGAGCAUGAACUCGACACAGGAGAUGGACACGACUCAGGAACUGGAGACGACUCAAGAAGGAGACGACUCGGAGCCGAAGAAGAAAAAGAAGAAGAAAGAGAAACGGGUCUCCGAGGAGAUGAACGUCACCAUGGAUACCACGGCCGACAUGGAAGAUGAAGAGCCGCCCACAAAGAAAAAGAAGAAGAAAAAAAAGAAAGAAGCUGAUGUGUAAUAGAAUUAUUUUCGUUAAAAAGUGCAGGUUUUCAGUAACGAGCACAUUCGUUGAAUAAUACAAAGCUUUUAACUGACAUACAAAAGAGAAGGCUAACUACAGCAGAUACUGUAUAGCAGAUCGUGUAUGGACCUAUUCAAGGAUUUAUCCUUUUUAGUUUCAAGAGCAUACAGACUAUCCAUGGAGGACGUGGAUAAUGUACAUUUAGAAAAGUAGUAAUAAAGAAGAAAUUUUGAUGGAGUAAUAAUAUUUGAAUGAUGUUUUGAAAGGUACAAAUGUAGUUUGAAAUAAGAAAGGUAUUGAAUUUUGUAAAAAUAGUCGGAAAGUGACUGUUUAAUGAACAAUACAUUUGUAUGUUUUACGAUUUUAUGAAAGACUGGAUUAUGAGCAAAAUAUAAAACAUUGGUUGAAAAUUGUACGGGGUGAAUAUAUGAAUUGAAGUUUGCUAUGAAAGAUUUUGAAUCUAAUUGAAAAUAUCUAUAUCCCAUCAUUAGAAGUUAUUAGUAAACAAUAUAUUUUAAUGUUAAAAACACAAUUUCUCAAGACUUGGUAGGAUGAACAUUCCUGUAUUAUGAUAAAGCUUUUUUUAAUGCAAUUUUCUACAGAGGAGUCACUUCAUAAAACUUUAAAAUUUAAUCGAUUCAUAAAAUAAUUUUAUCCUUAUUUUAUCCUUGUUUAUCAUUAUUUUCAUGCCGUACCCAGCUUUUGUUGUGCAAUUUUAGCUUUAAAAUUACAGUAUGAGGAAAUGGGGUAGGUUUUUUUAGUUGAUAAAUCGGCAUUGUAAAUAAACAAUGUUACUACA